AAAGUGGAGGCUGCACUGUCACCAUACCUGAGCCAGCUUAUCAUCAGCCAAACACAGACAGCACUAUGAUUGUCCUUGUGAUAGUGUCGAUAUUCUUCCUAUUCGGCUUCCUGUGGCCCUUAAUGCAAGAGAUGGAAAGACGAGACGCCCUUCUCCUCAACGCCACAUUAAGUAAUAAUGCGACCCAGUUUGUGAGUGAAGCGUGGCUACGAACUGGAGGAAUGCUGGCCAACGCAACUGAGGACGAACUCAAGGGCGCGGCCAGACCCAUGCAACCUGAUUGGUCCCUCGUCCUCGGCACCUUCCACCACAUCAAGGACGAAAACUUUGAGGAGUUCCUCAUCGCUGCUGGCUUAUCGUUCUUCACGCGGACCAUCAUUCUCAACACCUCCCCCUCCGUCACCUUCGAGCGGGUGUUCCAAGACGACGAUGACUACUAUGACCUCCCAAGUGAUAACUACCCAAAUGUGAAGUACUUGGAUGGAGAGGGAGGAGGUGGAGACUGGGAAUACCAAAAGGACAAGAAAUUUCAGAUGGUGCUAACUACCUCCUCUUUAGUCACACUGAAGCAGAGAUUUCGCCUUGGCCACCCCUUUACCAAGCAAGAUUUCGAUGGCACACCCUCCAAGAAUACUGUCACUUUUGUGGCACCUAAUGUACUCUACCACUUCAAGGAGAAAGAAAACGUCAACACCUCCAUCUACCACAAUUUUGACAAGGAAGGCCUUAUCACAACCAUCAUCAGUGGAAGAACAGGCAUGCAGGCAAGACGACACUUCCAUCGGGGAGACGAUGAUUGAAGCAGGAAGGUUAUUUAUUGCUUUCUGUUUAGGCAAGUCACUAUCUAGUGUACUAAUCUUGUUAGUUUCAAUAUUGCUAUAAAUCUUCACAAAUGACAAUCAAACUAACAAAAAAUAGUGGUAACAGUUAAAUACUUCUCAUCUUUAUCUCACAGCUUAAAUUCCUAGUUUCUUCUGUGACUUAUGCCAAUAGUUAUAAGACACUUAUUCUACAAUUUUGGACAAUCCAUUUUGUUCCUGUCCUUAGGAACUGGAAGCUCAGUGGAUUUUUUUUUUUUUUUUUUUUUUUUGCUCCUUUUUAUAGCCCUAGCCCAGUGCCCUCUUAUAUCAAAAGAAAAAAAUAAAUAAAUAAAAUUUCAGUUGUCAACAUCUUUCCUUAUCUGUGAUAUUCUAAACCAGCAACAGCAGGAUUGUAACACAUUGUCUCAUGCCUCACAAAUUCUGUCAAGUAAAUUGUAUAAUAAUGGUACAGUACUCAUAUGUUUUUAUGCUUUGUAAUAAAGAAUACAAGAAUA